AAACGCUAACAAGUUACCUCAAGUCCUCAACCUCUUCCUCCCAUAAUUUUUAUAUAUAUAAACAAACAUAAAAACACACUCUUUUAAAACUAGGACACCGAAUCAUUCUCUCUUCGAUAUUGACCCCUUUAAGGUUCUUGUUGUCUUUUCUUAAGCUUCACUUAGAUCGAUCAAUCAAACCUCAAGCCACCUUCAAUUAAUCUUUGUUUUUUUUUUCUCUGUUAGUGAAUUAUAAAAGUUCCAGUCUUGAUACAACCACCAUGUCUAAAAGUUCAUUCAAGCUUGAUCAUGCUUUGGAGAGGAGGCAAGCAGAAGCUUCUCGCAUCAGAGAGAAACAUCCUGAUAGAGUACCCGUGAUUGUGGAAAAGGCUGGAAGGAGUGAUGUCCCUGACAUUGAUAAGAAGAAAUAUCUGGUGCCAGCUGAUUUAACUGUGGGUCAGUUUGUUUAUGUUGUCCGAAAAAGGAUCAAGCUCAGUCCUGAAAAGGCUAUAUUUGUCUUUGUAAAGAACACUCUGCCUCCCACUGCUACAUUGAUGUCUGUACUCUACGAGGAAAACAAGGAUGAAGAUGGUUUUCUUUACAUGACAUACAGCGGGGAGAAUACCUUUGGAUUUCACUAGAUUGUGUCGUCAAUUUGUGUAAAUGAAUCCUGGAAGAUGUAUAUUAUUAGUAUUCAACAUAAGCUCUGGCUUUUCUAUCUUUAGUUUUGAGUCAUGCCAUUGGGUGGAUAAUGGAAGUUAUUUGAUCUAUGAAAUGGAAUUGAAUGGAUUGCAUGGCA